AUGCGGCCAUCAGAUGAGGAUGACUCUACACCUCCGCCUCGAAAGCGACGGCGAGUAAGCGUGUCUUCCUCCGGCUCGGAUGACGAGUUCCUCAACGGCGAUGCGUAUAUGAAGUGGAAGAACAAGAGCAAGGAUGCCCGCUCCAAAGCCGCCAAGUCUGGCCGCAAGGCAAAAGCUAUCGCCGCGGCUAAUGACCCUCGGCCAUCGAGCAAGAACGCUGGCAAGACGGGUGUAGGUGUGCGAGCAGUCCGUAAGAAGCGGAUCAAGGAGGCAAUCUACGGCGACUCUGAUGAUGAAGAUGAUGCACUUAUGGAGUGGACCAUGCCAGACUAUCUCCAGCGGAGGCGCGAGGUCUUUGAUAAACGAAUGGAGAAGUUAAAGGAGGGAGGCCUCAGUCUGCCAAUACUAUACAACGACGUUGACUUCUCAGAUGAAGAACCUGAGCGAUUUCGCAGUCUGCCAGAGAAGCCUCAGAUUCCGCUACGGAAGGACGCUGCGAAGUACGAGGAUAUCGAACUCCCUUACUCUGCCGGCGUCAUCCCUGCCCCAAUCGCUCAGCACCUCCGCCCGUACCAAGUUGACGGCGCUGCCUUCCUACAUGAAGCAUUCGUGUAUCAGAAAGGCGUCAUACUUGGCGACGACAUGGGUCUGGGCAAGACUAUCCAAGUUAUCGCCUUCCUGACGGCAGCGUAUGGCAAGACUGGCGACGCGAGAGACAAGAAGCGAAUGCGAAAGAAGAAGGAUGCUGGCAAACCAUACUACCGUACCUUGAUCAUCUGCCCAGGAAGUCUAAUGGCUAACUGGGAAGACGAGCUCAACAGAUGGGGCUGGUGGCACAGCAGCAUCUUCCAUGGUAGCAAAGUCGAGAAGGCAGAGAAACUUCGCGCAGCAGAGGCCGGACGGAUCGAGAUCAUGAUCACAACCUACGACACGUAUCGCAUGGCCGCCGACAAAAUAAACAUGAUCAAAUGGGACUGUGUCAUUGCAGACGAGUGUCACAAGAUCAAGGAACGGAAGGCCGAGAUCACCAAAGCCCAGGUCCAAGUCAACGCCCUGUGCAGAAUCGGCCUGACUGGAACAGCAAUUCAGAACAAGUACGAAGAACUCUGGACAUUGCUCAACUGGACCAAUCCUGGCAGACUUGGGCCGGUGUCGCAAUGGAAGACAGCAGUGUGCAAUCCACUAAAACUAGGUCAAAGCCAUGAUGCUUCUCAAUACCAGCUUGCUCAGGCUCGUAAGGUCGCACUGAUGCUUGUGAACAAUCUUUUGCCUCAAUUCUUCAAACGACGGACGAAAAGUCUUAUCAAAGAUCAGUUGCCCAAAAAGACGGAUCGGGUCGUCUUCUGUCCUAUGUCCGAGACUCAAGCGGAUGCGUACCAGAACUUUUUGGAGAGCGAGGUCGUCCAACUGAUAAAGAACAGCUCAUUGCCGUGCCUAUGCGACUCAAAGAAGAAACAAGGCUAUUGCUGCAAGAUGUACCUCGAAGAUGGCUCCUCAUGGAAGGAGUGGGUAUUCCCUGCGAUCAUGAUCCUGCAGAAGAUCUCAAAUCACCUUGCGACACUAAUCCCUCAAGCAAGCGACACCGCCGAGAAACAGAGCAAAGAUGAAAACAUGCUCCAGAUCGCCAUGCCGAAUGAAUGGAAGAAAUUGAUGGCCAAUCGAGACAGCUUGAUUCACUCUGCCAACCCAGAGUACUGCGGCAAAUGGCGCGUCUUGCAGAAGUUGCUCAAGUUCUGGCACGACGAAGGAGGAAACAAAGUCUUGGUCUUUUCCCACUCAGUCCGUCUCCUCAAGAUGCUGCAGCGCCUCUUCAUCAACACAUCCUACAAUGUCAAGUACCUUGACGGCAGCAUCGACUACGAAGAGCGCUUCCUGACCGUCCAAGAGUUCAAUACCGACCCAACACAGUUUGUCUUCCUGAUCUCGACCAAAGCCGGCGGUGUCGGCCUGAACAUUACUUCCGCCAACAAAGUCGUUGUCGUGGAUCCCAACUGGAAUCCAUCGUAUGACCUCCAAGCACAAGACCGCGCAUACCGUAUCGGCCAGACCAGAGAUGUCGAAGUAUUCCGCCUCGUCAGUCAAGGCACCCUCGAGGAGAUCGUGUAUGCCCGACAGAUCUACAAGCAACAACAAGCCAACAUCGGCUACACAGCCAGUAGCGAGCGACGAUACUUUCAGGGCGUGCAAGGAGAAAUCAGCCAGAAAGGCGAGAUCUUCGGGCUGAGCAACCUUUUCGCAUGGCACAACGAGCACAUUGUGCUGCGGGACAUCGUCAACAAGACCAACGUAGCAGAGUCUAGAGCAGGACUGCGCAUCCUGGACAUUGAAGCCGACGAAGCAGCAGCUGCAGGCGUAAUCAAAUCCGAUCCCGAUUCCGACGAUGGUGAUUCCGAUGCCAAAAAUGUCCCUGCCAUCAAGGCCGAAUCCGACCACGAAGACGCCGCGAUGUCCCAGCUCGUCGCCGAGAUCGCUGGUGACAGCGACCUUCCUGUCCGCCGAACAGGUAAGGGCAAAGCUCGCAACUCAAAGCACAACAGCUUUAACACUGCUGCACCUGCUGCACACGAUCCUAUCCUCGCAAUUCUCGCCUCCGGAGGCGUCACGUAUACCCACGAGAACAGUGAAGUCGUCGGUCCGUCUGAAGUUGAAUCAAAACUAUCGGCUGCCGCGAUGGCGCAGAGUCACAGCCAGUACAAAGAGCGCGUCUUUGAAGCUACGGCGGAUACGCAAACGCAGCCUACGCCACAGACUAGUCCUGCGAAAAAUGUCUAUACCCCGAGCAGAGAGGCUGCUGCGGCGCUGGGAAAGAACAGAGGAAGGGCGAUCUACGCCGAAGACGGCAACGUGCGAUACCGCUACAAGCCCCCACAAGCAGUGAAAGAGCGACAGUUCGGCAUGAUGGCUGGGUAUGCGGGCCAUGUGGAUGAGGAUGGGGAGCUGGAUCUGGAAGGGUUUGCGCUGCGAGUAGGCGGGUGGACGAUGAAAGAGCGCACGGACUUCUUGCGGCAGUUCUAUACUUGGCGGAAGGACGUUAUUGAGGCUGCUGAUGCUGCCGCCGCCGCCGAGGCGGAGGCGCUAGAGGCCUCGAGGCCGGCUGGGGUUCUGUACGGGGAGAGGGAGGUCAAGUGGGAGCCUGCAGACAUCAAUGCAGAAGGAAAAGGCGCGAUCAAGAUUGAGGCCACGGACGACGAGGACGAGGAGCUGUGA